AUGGCUUCUUUGAGGAGUUCAUUUGGGAGUACUUUCUCACGGAUGUGUGAUGGAGAAUUUGAUUUGGGUUCUUACUGCACUCAAACAACUAUCAUUAACAUCGUAAAUCUGCUCUUCGCCUUUCUUUUUUGCCUAUUUAUGCUCAUAGAUUUCAUUAGAAAACAUCAUAUAAUAGGUAGUGAUCCCAACAGAAGGGACCAAUUCUCUGUACUUGUUUCAGUCUGUUGCGCUCUUACCAGCAUUGCAUAUUUUGCUGCUGGUUUAUGGGAUCUAAUAGCCCAAACCCAAAGUGUUGAAUCCAAUCACUUUGGCUGGUUGGAUUACUUUGUCCAAGGACUAAUUUGGAUUUCAUUCAGAGUUUCCUUGCUUGUUCAAAGGUCCAAAUGGAUCAAAGUUCUGUACUCUGUUUGGUGGGUGUCCUCCUUCUCAUUGGUCUCGGCUCUAAACAUCGAAAUGUUUUUAAGAACCCCUGACAUUCACCUUUUUGACAUACUGUCAUGGCUAGUGAACUUUUUACUUCUCUUGUGUGCUUUUAGAAACCUCCAUCACUUUGUUUAUCAACAUACCCAAGUUAACAGCCUAUCUGAACCUUUAAUAGCUACAAAGUCUGCUAGCAAGAGCCACCAAACAGAUCUAGAUCAUGCCAGCUUCCUUAGCAAAUUGACAUUUUCUUGGAUUAAUCCUUUACUAAACUUGGGUUACUCAAAAACAUUAGCUCUUGAAGACAUCCCUUCUCUGGUUUCAGAAGAUGAAGCAAAUUUGGCAUACCAGAAGUUUGCUCAUGCAUGGGAUUCGCUGUCAAGGGAGAAGAGCUCAAGCAGUACAGGAAACCUGGCUCUCCAAGCGAUAGCAAAAGUUUACAUGAAAGAAAACAUAUGGAUAGCCUUUUGUGCAUUCCUCAGGACCAUUUCAGUUGUAGUAUCUCCUCUUAUACUAUAUUCUUUUGUAAAUUAUUCAAAUAGUGACAACGAAAGUCUCUCUGAAGGCAUCACUAUAGUGGGGUGCCUAAUUCUUACCAAGUUGGUUGAGUGUUUGAGCCAGAGACAUUGGUUUUUUGAUUCAAGGAGGUCUGGAAUGAGGAUGAGGUCAGGUUUGAUAGCGGCAAUAUAUCAAAAGCAGCUGAAACUUUCUAGUAUAGGAAGGAGAAGGCACUCUGCUGGGGAGAUUGUAAAUUAUAUAGCAGUUGAUGCCUACCGAAUGGGAGAGUUCCCAUGGUGGUUCCAUUCAACAUGGAGCUAUGCACUGCAACUUCUCCUCUCUGUUGGUGUUCUUUUUGGGGUGGUAGGUCUUGGUGCUCUUCCUGGUUUGAUUCCUCUCAUCAUUUGUGGUCUCCUGAAUGUGCCAUUUGCAAAGGCAAUUCAAAAGUUUCAGUCCCAGUUCAUGAUAGCUCAAGAUGAGCGACUGAGAGCCACUUCUGAGAUCCUGAACAGCAUGAAAAUCAUUAAGUUACAAUCCUGGGAAGAGAAGUUCAAAAGUUUGGUUGGUUCCCUUCGUGACCGUGAAUUCAAAUGGUUGGCUGAGUCACAAUUUAAAAAAGUUUAUUGCAAUUUACUAUAUUGGAUGUCACCUACCAUCAUCUCUUCAGCUAUCUUUACGGGAUGUAUCCUUUUCCAAAGUGUCCCUCUAAAUGCAAGUACAAUAUUCACAGUUCUAGCUUCAUUAAGGAGCAUCGGAGAACCUGUCAAAAUGAUACCAGAGGCUCUUUCUGUAAUGAUCCAAGUCAAGGUCUCAUUUGACCGGCUAAAUGCUUUCUUGGUCGAUGACGAGCUGAAUGAUGAUCAAAUAAGGAACUUAACAUCACAGAAAUCAGAUGAAAGCUUAAGAAUUGAAAGAGGCAUUUUCAGCUGGUAUCCUGAAUCAACAGUUCCAACUCUGAUAGAUGUGAAUUUAGAAGUGCAAAGGGAGCAGAAAGUUGCAGUUUGUGGACCAGUUGGAGCUGGAAAAUCAUCACUGUUAUAUGCUGUACUUGGAGAGAUGCCAAAAAUUUCAGGAACUGUUGAUGCAUUUGGAACUAUAGCCUACGUUUCUCAGACUUCUUGGAUACAAAGUGGGACGGUUCGUGAUAACAUACUUUAUGGGAAGCCAAUGGACAAGAACAAAUAUGAGAAGACCAUAAAUGCUUGUGCUCUGGAUAAGGACAUUAAUAGUUUUGACCGUGGUGAUCUUACUGAAAUAGGCCAGAGGGGGAUUAACUUGAGUGGAGGACAGAAGCAGCGGAUUCAGCUGGCGCGAGCUGUCUAUAGUGAUGCUGAUAUCUAUCUCCUUGAUGACCCCUUUAGCGCAGUGGAUGCACAUACUGCUGCAAUUCUAUUUCAUGACUGUGUCAUGGGUGCUCUAGCAAAGAAAACUGUCAUUCUGGUGACUCAUCAAGUUGAAUACCUCCCAGAAGUUGAUAAUAUUUUGGUAAUGCAAGGUGGACAAAUUACUCAAUCUGGAAGCUAUGAGAGUCUUUUGACAGCUGGAACAGCAUUUGAGCAGCUUGUGAAUGCUCACAGAGAUGCAGUAACAACACUAGGACCUUCAAAUUAUCAAAGCCAAGAAGAUAUGAUUCAGAUAGAAGAGUCUUACGGGACUUGUGUCACUGGAAAGAACAGUGGUGGGGAUAUUUCUUUGAAGGGUGCACCGGGCGUGCAACUAACCGAAGAAGAAGAGAAAGAUAUUGGUGGUGAUGGAUGGAAGCCCUUCUGGGAUUAUAUUAUUGUUUCUAAAGUAACACUUCUUCUGUGCUUAGGGGUAAUAGCACCCUUAUAUUUUAUUGGUCUUCAGGCUGCUGCAACUUAUUGGUUAGCUCUAGCCAUUCAAAUUCCUAAUAUAACCAUUGGCAUGCUGAUUGGUGUUUACACUGCAAUUUCAACACUUAGUGCUGUCUUUGUGUAUCUAAGGACAUGCUUUGCAGUCCAUAUGGGAUUAAAAGCUUCUAGAGCCUUUUUCUCUGGUUUCACUGAGGCUAUCUUUAAGGCUCCCAUGCUGUUCUUUGACUCAACCCCCGUUGGGCGGAUUUUGACACGAGCUUCAUCAGAUUUAAGUAUUUUGGAUUUUGACAUACCUUUCUGCAUUAUCUUUACUGUCUGUGCUGUCAUUGAACUGCUGACAACGUUUGCAAUUAUGGCUUCUGUCACGUGGCAAGUUCUCAUUGUAGGCAUUCCAGCCAUGGUUGCUGCAAAACAUGCUCAGGGUUAUUAUCUAGCCUCUGCUGGGGAACUAAUAAGAAUCAAUGGAACAACCAAAGCUCCUGUUAUGAAUUAUGCAGCCGAAACAUCACUCGGAGUGGUCACCAUUAGAGCUUUUAAAAUGGGAAACAGGUUCUUCCACAACUACUUAAAGCUAGUUGACACAGAUGCCAGACUGUUCUUUCAUUCUAAUGCAACCAUGGAGUGGUUAAUUAUAAGGACAGAAGCACUUCAGAAUUUGACCUUUUUUGUGGCUGCUUUUUUCCUUGUUUUUCUCCCUAAGGGUUAUGUUGAUCCAGGGCUUGUGGGACUUUCUCUUUCUUAUGGCUUAUCACUAACUGUGACACAAAUUGCCGGGACUCGAUGGUAUUGUAACUUAUCAAACUACAUAAUCUCAGUUGAAAGGAUAAAGCAAUUCAUGCAGAUUUCACCAGAGCCUCCAGAAAUUGUGGAGGACAAGAGGCCACCAUCUUCAUGGCCUAAUAAGGGUAGGAUAGAGCUGUAUUCUCUGAAGAUAAAAUAUCGUGCAAAUGCUCCUCUAGUUCUGAAGGGAAUCACAUGCACAUUCAAAGGAGGAACUAGAGUAGGAGUUGUGGGAAGAACAGGAAGUGGAAAAACUACACUCAUAAGUGCUUUGUUUCGCUUGGUAGAGCCAGUGAGUGGUACAAUUACUAUAGACGGCAUUGACAUCUGCUCUCUAGGUCUAAAAGAUUUGAGAAUGAUGCUCAGCAUCAUCCCUCAAGAACCAACUCUUUUCAGGGGUAGCAUCCGAACCAACUUGGAUCCUCUAGGCCUUUACUCCGAUGACGAGAUAUGGAGAGCUCUAGAGAAGUGUCAGCUCAAGGCAACAGUCAGUAGCCUACCUAAUCUUCUAGACUCAUCUGUAAGUGAUGAAGGGGAAAAUUGGAGUGCGGGACAACGCCAGCUCUUUUGCCUUGGCAGAGUCCUUCUCAAGAGGAACAGAAUUCUAGUUCUAGACGAGGCUACGGCAUCCAUUGAUUCUUCGACAGACGCGGUUCUGCAGAGAAUCAUCAGGCAGGAAUUUGCAGAAUGCACAGUGAUAACUGUAGCUCACAGAGUUCCAACCGUUAUAGACAGUGACAUGGUCAUGGUCCUCUCCUGUGGGAAGCUGGUGGAGUAUGAAGAGCCUUCAAAGCUCUUGGAUACCAACUCCUACUUCUCCAAACUUGUAGCUGAAUAUUGGUCAAGUUGCAGGAGAACCUGA